UUGGCUCUGGAGGGCAGCCUUCUACCUUCAGCUCCGAGGCUACAGCUUCCUGACAUGGCGGCAUCUUCGGAUGGAGCGCGAGGUCGGUGGGUUGAAGAGCCACAGGGAGCUUCCGAGCUGCAGAUCGCUCAGCUGGAAACACGACUUCGAGCUGCCGUGACGGAGCUAGUGGAACCCACUGUGCAGAAGAUGACAGUCUUGGGGUCCGAGGUGGAGCACUUGACAAGUUCAGUCGCACGGCACAUGAAGGAGUUGGACUCUUUGCACCUGGGACAACUCCGAUUUCAAGAGCAGGUGGGCGCCGUCACUCAGAUGAAGGAGGAAAUGGCGAGAUGGGACAGCCAAAGAAGGGUCUAUGAGGCCGCUGUUGAUGAAAAGCUGGAAGCAAUGCUUCAUAAAUUGGAUGCUCAGCGCUAUGCCCUUGAGCAGAAAGAGUCCACGUUGCACCACUUGAAUCGGAACCUUGACCGGGUCGCAAGUGAAGUCAACAGGCUUGUCGAGGACCAGGAUUCUGUGCGUGAGGCGUGUGAAGCUCGUGUGGAUGAGCAGAGCAAGAGACUUACCCACUUCAAAGCGGAGACAGAGGUCCGUUUUGCCAGUGUUGAGCGCCAACACAACGCUCUGAGUGACGAGCUUUGGGGAGACGAGCUGGGCUUGGCAAAGAUAGCUGGAGAGCUCAAGAAGACUAACGCAACAUUUGGAAAAUUGGAGGAUGCCGUCGCUGCUCUUCAAGAAGGGAAGGCAGAAGCUGUGCAGCUCGAGAAGCUGCGGGCAGAUGUGGCAAAGAUGGUACAUGAAGCCAACACAUCCACUUCACAGAUGCGGCAUACUGUUGGGGAGGUUGUCAACGAUGUGCGGGAGCACUUUCGCACAGCUUCAGAGACUAUUGCCUCCCACAAUGCAAGCUUCGUGAAGCAAGUUCGAGAAGAGUACCAGGCAGAGCUUUCCAGCUCUGCGAUGCUUCGGGAAGAGGUGAAGAGCUUCAUGAACCGAGCUUCACAAAGCGUGGAGAGUCUCGAGCUCCGCGUGGAUGAGGUUGGAUCCAAGGCAAAUGCCUUGGCCGCGGAGGCACGCGAGGAGUUGGAGGAACUCAAUCGCCGGCGAAAGCGAGACAAAACAUCUGCAGACAACGAGCUGAAGGCACUGAAGAAACGCCUGGGUGGAGUAUUUGAUAAUUCGGACGCUGUCCUUCGUGGCCUUGAGCAUAUCUAUUCCGUGCUGCAGCCCGUGCUUGAGAGCGACUUGAUGCAAUGUGCACUUGAGAAGCAAGAUGCCGUUGAUCGAGACAGGAUCUCCCUCAUGGGUGUCAAAGAUGAUGAGCUGACCUUGUCGCGCUCGACGCACACCGAACCACAACGACCAAGACCAGAGUGCCGAGUGAAAACAGCGCCAGGUGGGAUGAAGCCCUCGAAGACGGAUGGCCAUGGCCCGCAGGUACCGCAAAGGCCAGUGGUUCGAGUGGACAACCGCUGUGUCUCGUGCAGCGGCCAGGCUCCUCUUGUUCUAGCAGCAUUCAAGAUGGCUUGCUUACACUAUGCGCCCUCACCUAUAGAGCAUAGAGGCCAAAUGGUUGAGAGAUAUGAGCUUCUGGAGCGAAGAGAGCAGCUCUUGCUGGGCGCGAACCGGUCUUUGCUUCAGGGACCUGGCGCCCUGAGCGCCCUGAGCGGUGAUGGAGGAGAUGAUCUCGGAAUGUCUUCAUUAGCAAGGGGUCCACAUGACGAGGAGAAGGGUGACACCUUCACAGACUACACAUUUGUCGAGGAGCGAGGCCGUGCAAGGCCAGCCACUGGAAAUGGAGUUCGCCUGCCAAGUGUGCCACCUGGGACCCCACGCGUGGUCAGCGUUCGAUGAUGGCGCAAACUUUGUGCUUAGGGCAUGUUCGUCAAAGGUAGAUAGGAGGUUUCACCAGUCUGCUGAAACAUGUGGACAUUUGCCUGUGAAGGGAUUACUCCCACCUAGAGUCAUGCAGCGUUGCUUAAGUUGCAAGCAGCUGUACGUGGUGGAAAGCAGGCAAAACCAAGAAGACAG